AUGGUGAAGACCGCGGCAGCAGGGAGCAAUGACGGUGGCGCCGUGGCGGCGAAGCAGCAGCAGCAGCAGCUUGGUGGGAAGAUGAGGACGUACAAGGGGGUGCGGAUGAGGAGCUGGGGCGCGUGGGUGUCAGAGAUCCGGGCGCCGGGGCAGAAGACGCGGAUAUGGCUCGGCUCCCACUCCACCGCCGAGGCCGCCGCGCGCGCCUACGACGCCGCGCUGCUCUGCCUCAAGGGCGCCGCCGCCGCCGCCGACCUCAACUUCCCCGUGCGCUUCCCCUUCGACCUCCCCGCCGCCGCCAUGUCGCCCAAGUCCAUCCAGCGCGUCGCCGCAGCCGCCGCCGCCGGGGCCAGCGCUAAUGCGUUCGACUUCGCCGCCGGGGCCGACGACAGUCCCAGCGCUGAUGCCGUCGACUUCGCCGGUGCCGACGACUACAGCGCCGGCGCCGUCACCCCGGAGUACUGCAGCUCCUCCAGCAAUAAUGCCUCGCCGGUGAGCUCCCCGGAGACGGCUAGCAGCGGCGCCGCCGACCUCGACGGCGUAGACCUCCUGGGUUACGGUUACAGCCAGUGCUCGCUCGCGGAGAUCGAGGCCUUCUUCCAAUCGCCCAAGUGCAUGGAGUACGCCAUGAUGGACCCGUGCAGCGCGUUCUUCGCUCCGUCGCCAAUGGCCAUGGAGGACGAGUGCAGCUGGGAGGAAGGAGGCGACAUUGCGCUCUGGAGCUUCUCAAUGGACUGA